CUCACUGCAACACUGCUCAGAUGGGCCAAGUCAGAGCUGCUCAACAGGUGUUCGCUACAUCGCACUUUCAGUAACAGUAAGAGAUUCUUGUAUUCAGGCAGACUGAGGAGUGACAUUCAGAAUUAGAGAAAUAACCACAGUGGCCAUGCUUCCCAGGCUAAAUUGGCUCAGAUUGGUCCUGUUUGGGAUGCUGGAUGUAGUCUCACUUGUUACGCAGGCAGAAGAGUCUGACAAAACAUUCACAUUUAGUCAUGUGUACAGGAUUGACUCUGGUUGUAAGCAGGCCUUGCAGGCAGUUUUGCCUUCCCAGGACCAAGCAUCAGAGGGUCAGGUCAUGAUGGUGGAUGGGGAGAAGGAUAUUGUUUUUAAGCACAACAUUAAGUUUCCAUCAUCUAGCUGCAACUUAACUGAUUCAGAGGAAUUCAAGACCCUGCUGUACCGUGUCAAAGAUUUAGAGGAGGAGGUUACUUACCUGAAGUCCCAGUGUGCUCAGGGCUGCUGCAGAGGAAGCUCAGGUGUGGACACAAGCUGUAGUGGCCAUGGUGCAUAUCAGCACAACACCUGCAGCUGCAAAUGUGAUGCGGGCUGGAAGGGUCCAGACUGCUCCAUCUCCACCUGCCCAGAUAAUUGUAACAAUAAUGGCUACUGUGUAGAUGGACGAUGUGUUUGCUACACUGGUUACAUGGGCCAUGACUGUGGUCUGCUCACAUGUCCUGAUGACUGCAAUGACAAGGGCCACUGCAUGGAUGGCAAGUGUGUGUGCUUUGAGGGCUUCUCUGGAGACACCUGCGGCAUACAGAAAUGCCCAAGUGAGUGCAAAGAGAAUGGCCGCUGCAUCGAUGGACAGUGUCUCUGUGACGAGGGAUUUUUUGGAAAUGACUGCUCUCUGGUACUGGGUCCAAAAGGCCUGCAUGUGAUCAGGGUGACUGAUGUGUCCCUGCUGGUAGGCUGGAAACAUGUAAAGGAAGCCGAGUACUACCUGCUUUCCUACUAUCCUUAUGGGUAUGAGGGAGCCAUCCAGGAAAUCCGUGUUCCCAACACCGAAAAUUCCUACUUGAUCACAGGCCUCAAACCUGGAGUUACCUAUAUCGUGCAAGUGCAGGCUGUCAUUAAGGGCAUCAGCAGUGAAUUGGACCACAUUACAGCCACAACAGGUUUGCCUGGUGUAGAAGGUCUUCGUGUACUUGGACAGACAGAGGACUCUAUCCAGGUGGACUGGCAGAACCCAGAAACAGAGGUGGAUUAUUUUAAACUACGUCAUGCCAGUCCAGACGGCCAAGAGGAGAUGAAAAACGUAGCCAAGAGCCAUGAGGCUAGGACUGUGCACACCAUUAUAGGUCUUAACCCAGGCACUGAGUACCAGAUAACAGUGCAGGCCAUCAAAGGAAGCAAUGAGGGCAAACCAUCCCCUACCACAGGAGUCACAGACAUUGAUUCUCCGAAUAACCUGGUCGCUAGGGACAUAACUGAGACCACAGUGACUGUGAUGUGGGAUAAGGUCCGUGCUGAGAUUGAUGGCUACAAACUGACCUAUAGUUCUGCUGAAGGCUUCAGCCAAGAGAUCCAAGUGGGAGCAGAUGCUACGUCCUACCAGCUCACAUCACUGAAACCUGGGGUUCAGUACACCAUCUUCAUCUGGGCCUACAAGGGUUCCCGUUUGAGCAAAAAGAGCUCUACUGAGGCUGAGACAGAACUAGGUGCACCUACUAACCUCUUGGUCAGAGAAGUGACUGAAGACUCAAUGGUUAUAUCAUGGGACAGAGUCCAAGCAGAAAUAGAUGGCUACAUACUGGACUACAGCUCUGCUGAAGGGUCCAGUGAUGAGGUGCGAGUGGGCGCAGAAAGCACCUCCUACCAGUUCACUGGUCUGAGGCCUGGAGUUGCAUAUACAGUCUACAUCUGGGCCAUCAAGGGCUCUCACUCCAGCAGGAAAGCUACAACAAAAACUGAGACAGAAAUUGAUGCUCCAAAGAAUCUGAAAGCUGUUGAUGUUAAGAGGGAUUCUGCAGCUCUAACCUGGGAUCCUCCUCAGGCUCACAUCGAUGGCUACAUUCUUAGUUACAGGCCUGAUGACGGUAGUAUGCAGACUGUUGAGAGGGACUUUGUUGCAGGAGAUACCAGAUUUAGCCUUUCUGGUCUGGCCAAUGGGAAGAAGUAUAUUGUCACUCUGAUUGCCUACAGAGGAUCAAAAAGGAGCAAAGUUGUGGAGACCAUAUUUGUCACUGUAGGAGCAGCCUAUCCCUUCCCUAUGGAUUGUACACAGAUUAUGAAGAAUGGGAACAUGGAGAGUAGAGUUUACACUAUAUACGUGGGCAAUGACCACAAUAAGUCAAUGCAAGUGUUUUGCGACAUGAGCACAGAUGGUGGUGGCUGGAUUAUUCUUCAGAGACGCAAUACUGGCAAGCUAGAUUUCAUGAAACGCUGGAGACAGUACAUGCAAGGCUUUGGGGAACUCACUGAUGAAUUCUGGCUUGGCCUGGAGAACAUCCAUGCGUUGACCAACAUGAGCACAAAGUAUGAAGUGCGCUUUGAUCUGGGCUUGGAAAGUGAGCGUGCUUACGCUAUCUAUGAUGACUUCAAAGUAGGAUCAGCCAAGCAGAAAUUUAAGCUCACUAUUGGCAAUUAUAGAGGAAAUGCAGGCGAUGCUAUGACCUACCACCAGGGCAGACCUUUCACUACUUUCGAUUCAGACAAUGACAUUGCCCUGGGUAAUUGUGCUUUCACACACCAUGGUGCCUGGUGGUACAAAAACUGCCACUUAGCCAACUUAAAUGGCAAAUUUAAGGACAACAGACACAGCAUGGGGGUGAACUGGGAGCCAUGGAAGGGCCACCUCAUGUCCCUGGACUAUACAGAAAUUAAGAUCCGCCCAGUGAACACAGGUAGCCGAAAGAAGAGAUCGCUCGAUAGAACAGCAGCUGCCUAAUGAUCAUUACACUGCAAAAUUAAAUGACACAAAGAAAGUAGAAAUUGUAAUUAAUUAAAAUAUUAUGUUAUCUCAUUCAAAAUAUAUGGGUGACAACUGGCCUUAACAGAUUACAGAUAUUGAUUGAAAUAUAGAUAUAAUUACAAUAUUAUACAACUGCAUAGCUGUAGCUUACAAAAUGUCAAAAGGUCAAAUGAAAAAGUAAAAUCAAUAUUUUUAUUAUAUUUGUCUGAUUUAGCAAUUUGUACAGUACAAGAUUAUGGGAUCAUUCCCUAAACAGCUGUGGUAUACAGUAGUUGGCCAAUUUAUCAAGUGAUAUUUGAUAUAAUCCCAACGAUUCAUUCUUAAUGCAAAGGAUAUAUAAACUGUAAUUUAGCUAUACAAUUUCAAUUCACAUAAGUUCAGUUGACCACCAUGUCUUCAUUUUACAAUUAUUCAAGUGUUCCAGAAUGAUGUCAUAAAUUUGAGGGUUUUUUUUAAAUAGUAUCUACUGCAAUGAUUACUUUUAACUGUUAGUCCUAAAUGCUGUAUAGUAUGUAUUAGAAUUGUAAUGUUAAGUUUGGAUGUGUACUGUACAAUGUAGACAGUACAAUUAAGU